CCCUCAAAAUCAAAAGGUCAUAGAGAGCAGGCAAAACGUCCAACACUGCUGGAGAGCUGCAUAACUCUGCACACUCCUCUUAACAGUCUUCCAAUGCCGCUCUCUCUGGUUCAGAAUUAGGGUUAGGGUUUCUACUCUACCUCCACUUCCACACUCUCUCAACCCUCACCACCAUCAGUCACAAUGUUCGGAGCUCAAUCGUCGUCUUCUCCCUUCGGAGCUCAGACGUCCUCUUCUCCCUUCGGAGCCUUCGGCACUCCAUCUUCAACCUUCGGCACUCCGGCUUCGACCUCCGCCUUCGGGACUCCAUCCUCGACUCCAGCCUUCGGCACUCCCUCGACGACCCCGUCCUUCUUCACUCCUAGUUCCACCCCCGCCUUCGGAACUCCCACCACGUCGUCGUUUUCCACCGGCGGCUUCGGGACCUCCUUGUUCUCCAGCGCCUUCUCUACUCAGACUCAGCAGCAACAGCAAACGCCGUCGUUUCAGCAACAAGCUCCCUCCGCCGGUGGAUUUGGGACUCAGAAUCCGUUCGGUACGCCGCAGCAGCAGCAGCAGACGCCGUCGUUUCAGAGUCCCUUUCCUACUCAAUUGACCACUCAGAUGGCUCCCGUGGCUCCUCUCCCUUACUCUCUCGCCGAUCGUGACAUUCAGGCAAUUGUUGACGCUUAUAAGGAUGAGCCUGGUAACCCUAAAUAUGCUUUUAAGCAUCUGUUGUUUAGUGUAACUGAUCCGCAGUUUAGGUUGAAGCCUGCUGGUGUAUCGGAUAUAAUGUGGGCAGAGGCUAUGGGGAAGCUUGAAGGUCUGUCAAGUACUGACAGAGAACGGCUGUGGCCUGAGCUUGUUCAGGGUUUUAAGGAUCUUUCACAACGCCUGAAGCUCCAAGAUGAAGUCAUACUUUCAGAUGCUGAGAGACUGCAAAUGACCCAAAGCAACGUGAAGAUGCUUCAAAGACAUUUUCAAGCUGACACUAUUCCUCGGAUUGAAAGAAUGAGACAGAAAGAGCAAGGUCUUGAAAGGCGCCUGUUGAGGGUAAUGAGAAUACUGGAGGCACUGGAGGGCAAAGGUUUCCGAUUGCCUUUAAUGAAAGGGGAAGCUGAGUUGGCUGAGAAGUUAGCUUCAAUAACUAGACAGUUGAAGGGACCUGGAGCUGAGCUUUCUAGCAGGGUACAAAACCUGCGAACUAUAUCCCGAGUCCAGGCAAAUUCUAUUGGUGCUGGUGGUUUUGUUUCUCUUCCAGGAUCAACCAAAAUACAUGAACAGAGUCUUGCUGAUAUGCAAGAGGUCUUACAACAACAGACUGAGGCUAUUGCAAGACUAGGCAAUGUUUUGAAGCGUGAUAUUAGGGAUAUGGAGAUUAUAAUGGCUGAGGAGCCAGACACUACAGAUAAUAUGUGUUAGAAAGGCAAAACGACAAGAGUUAGGAUUUUAAUUGUAAUAUUUGCUUGUUAUUAUUAGUAAUUGAGUUUGAUUUUGUACUUGGUGCGGCCCUUUAUUUUUCAUUUUUUCAGACUUUCGAAUGAAAUUGUGGAAAUCAUUUUAUCUGAUCAGAGGGAAUUAGAACUAA